UGCUACCGAGAGCAGCCCUUCCCUGGUGUAUAUAAGGUUCCCAGCAUCAUGGCCGAGAUAUCAGUUUACAAGUGUACGAAGCGACAUGAAGUUUGCGAUUCUCGUCGCCCUCAUUGCCGUGGCCGCUGCUGCCCCCCAGAAUGGAUACUCGUUUCCGGACCCCUCCACAAGGGGCGUAGGUGAGGUAAUUGAGGUCGUGCCCAUCCUGAGGGACGAACGAGGUCAAGAGGGCGAUGGAAGUUAUAACUUUGAAAUAGAGACUGGCAACGGCAUCAGCGCCUUGGAAUUUGGCUCACCCUCCGACCCUGAAGGCGCAGUCGUUGUCUCUGGGAAGUACUCAUACACCGCCCCGGACGGCACCCUCAUCGAGGUCGCAUACGUCGCUAACGAGAACGGUUUCCAGCCUUCCUCUGACAUCCUCCCGGAGCUCCCGCAGUUCGUAAAGGACCAGAUCGCCAGGGCUGCCGAAGAGGACGCCCUUGCUGCUAGAGACGCUGAGCUGUCCACAGUUUACCAAAGACCACAGUAGAUGUUUCGGAAGCAGAGUAUUCUUAGCUGCCUAUCGUGUUUAUCCUCCAGACAGCUUUGUGAUGACAAUAGUUGGUAUUGAAAAAAUCGGAGAUGAUUUUGUAAUAAAGAUUUUAAGCCUU